GCUUUAGGAUCUUUUUGUCUGAGAAUUGGAUCCCGUUGCCGCUUACAGUGUGUGAGAUUGCAUGGAGCCGCGUCUGUAACACACUGUCCUACCACUCCAAAUUGAGCACAAUAGCAACCAAAACAAUUAAUUUACCAUAGAGAACAAUGCCAAUUUUUAUUUGCUGUCAAAAUCGGUCGUAAUUCGGAUUGCUUGGUGGAAGUUAAAAGAGCAACAUCGGGUCUUGUGUUUUGUGUGUGUGUAUACAGUCGUUAUUAUCACUCUUCUUUUUCUUAUUUCUUUAACUUUUUAAAACACUCAGCUUUCUCGUCAAUGACUGAGCGCCGGCGGAGUAUGGGAUCCUUAGUGUCUUAGGAAGCGAAUGAGUGGGGUUUUAACUGAUUUUUAAUAUUUAAAAAAAUGGCAAAUUCGACGGGGAAAAAUCAACCUGAUCAGCGAAGGAAAGGACUGGCUUUCCUGGAUGAGCUGCGGCAGUUCCAUCGGAGCAAAGGAUCGCCGUUUAAGAAGAUCCCAGUAGUGGGUGGAAGAGAGUUGGAUCUUCACGCUCUGUACACCAGAGUCACUACUUUAGGUGGAUUUGCAAAGGUCUCUGACAAGAAUCAGUGGGGUGAACUUGUAGAAGAUUUUAAUUUCCCUAGGAGUUGCUCCAACGCUGAUUUUAUUUUAAAACAGUAUUACCUUCGUUAUUUAGAAAAGUACGAAAAAGUCCAUCACUUUGGAGAAGAUGAUGAGGAGGUACAGCCUGGCAAUCCAAAACCAUUGCUUCCUAUUGGUGCAAUUCCAGCUUCCUACAACUACCAGCAACACACUGUAUCAGAUUAUCUUCGCCAAAGCUAUGGGCUCUCCAUGGAGUUUGUCACAGCAUGCGAUUACAACAAAUUGGUGCUUUCUCUUUUAUCUGGACUCCCUAAUGAAGUGGAUUUUGCCAUUAAUGUUUGCACACUUCUUUCAAAUGAAAGCAAGCAUGUAAUGCAACUUGAAAAAGACCCUAAACUCAUCACAUUAUUACUAGCCCAUGCUGGAAUUUUUGAUGACACAUUAGGAAGUUUUUGUACUGUAUUUGGGGACGAAUGGAAAGAGAAAACAUCUCGGGAUUUUAUAAAGUUCUGGAAGGACGUGGUAAAAGAUAGCGAAGUACGGGACCUCAUUGCAGACAGGAGCAGCACAUCACAAGAUGGUACGACUAAAGACAGCAGUUGGGAUUCUCUCUUCCAUCCUCCUCGAAAUGUUGGCAUUAAUGACGUUGAAGGGCAGCGGGUGCUUCAGAUUGCAGUUAUACUCAGAAACCUCUCAUUUGAGGAAGCAAAUGUUAAACUUUUGGCAGCUAAUCGGACAUGCUUGAGAUUCCUUUUACUGUGUGCCCACUGUCACUUUAUUUCUCUGAGGCAGCUGGGACUGGAUACACUGGGCAAUGUAGCAGGAGAGCUGCAGUUGGAUCCUGUUGAUUUUCGAACUACUCAUCUUAUGUUUCACACUAUCACAAAAUGUUUAAUGUCAAGAGAUCGGUUCUUAAAAAUGAGGGCGAUGGAGAUAUUGGGAAACCUGUGUAAAGCAGAUGAUAAUGGAGUUCUCAUUUGUGAGUAUGUGGAUCAAGAGUCCUACAGGGAGAUAAUGUGUCAUCUCACGUUACCUGAUGUGCUGCUUGUAAUCUCCACACUAGAGGUGCUAUAUAUGCUUACAGAACUGGGAGAUGGCACCUGCACAAAGAUAGCUUCUGUGGACAAGAGUAUAGAUCUGCUGGUACGCUUGGUAUCUGUAGACAUCCAGACCUUUGGACCUGAUGCUCUCUCAGUGGUGAAGCUUAUUGAGCAUCAAAGCACUAAUAACCAAGUGGUGUCGGAAAUAAGGCCACAGUCAGUGGAGCAUAUCCCAGCACACACGCAUGGAACACCAGCUCCAGCAACAAGAACUGUUCCUGUGCAAUCAACUGCUACUCCACCUGGCAUUGUUGAAAUUGAUGGGGAGAAGUUUUUAUCUCAGUGGCUAAAUGCACAUUUUGAGGCACACCUUGAAAGCUCUGUCUCUCGAUCAGAGAUGUACUCGGAUUACCUUUCAAUUUGCAGUAAAAUGGCUCGAGGUGGAAUCUUAACAUCUACUGGCUUUUAUAAAUGCUUAAGGGGCAUCUUUCCAAACCAUACUAUAAAGAGAGUGGAUGAUCCCAAGAAUAGUGGACAAGCUCAUAUCCAUGUAGUUGGAAUUCGCAGGAGGGCUAUUCCACUUCCAGUCCAGCUCUAUUACCAGCAACAGGCUUCUCCUGCAACUCCAGAAAUCUCCCAGACUCCACCAACAGGCUUGCCUCAUGGACCUCAGAGUGUAGGAAAUCACUUCCCUCGAACACCGGUCAGUAGCCUUACUGCCAAUGUGGCAGCCUCACAGAUGGCCUUCACGGUUCAAGGAGUCUCCAGUGCGGCUCAGACUGUUUCUAGGAUAUCCCAAAACCAGCCUGUGCAGGCCCAGCAGCACCAAAACACAGCAAUGACUGUGAUCCAGAACAAACCCGGCGAGGUUAUGAAAGCAACAGUGAUCCAGGGCUCCAUUUCUCAGUCAGCUGUUCCCGUCAACGUUUCUGUUGUUCAGAACCACAACAGUACAGUGCACCAGCCUUCUGUGACAGUUGUCACUUCACAGCAAUUGCUUCACCACUCUCCAGUUAUACCCUCUGGAACCCCGGUCACUGUAUUUCAGCAAGGGCUGCCUCAGACUCACAUAAUCGCGGGCAGGGUGCAGAAUAUUCCGGCAGUGUCUAAUGUUUCAGCCUCUCAAGGGCAGCAGCUGGUGACUACAUCAUCCCUACCCAUGCAGACAUCCCAGCAACCAGGAACAACGGGCCACCAACAGGAGACGGUCAUCCUCGCACCCCAGCAGUAUAUAUCCACUUCCACCCCCAGUAUUGUCUCCUGUACCUCGGUGCAGAACUUCCAAGUUGCUGGUGGUCAGGUGUUCACCAUAGCAGGUGUGCAAAGCCCUCAGGCGUCUCGCGUGACCUUCCAGAACAUCGCUCCCAAGCCUGUGCCCUCACAGACCACUGUAAUGCCGCAGCCCAUGCACCAUCCGCAGCAGACCCAGCAGCAAAGUGUGGUUAUAGUCGGCCCGAACCCUCAGCAGAACCCAGCCUACGCAUCAGCCAUCCAUCAAAUCGUACUCUCCAAUCCCACCUCCAUUCCAGCCAGUCAAACAGUUCAGUUGGCUGGACAAGCAAGCAUUACCCAAUCUCCUUCACCAUCUACUGGGCCUGCAGCCAGCAGUCACGUGCCACAGAUCAUGGCAUCUCCAAACACCAUGCAGAUGCAAGGGCCUCCACCAACCGUCAGCCAGAUGUUGUCUGUUAAGAGGCAACAGCAGCACCACCACCUCCCCCCACAGCCACAGAUGCAAGUUCAGCCUCAGCCUGCACCUUCACCUCCAGGUCAACCUACCUCCACUGAAUCUAGUUUGAUCAAACAGUUGCUUCUUCCAAAGCGAGGCCCAUCUACUCCUGGAGGCAAACUGAUUCUCCCUGCUCCCCAGUUACCUCCCCCAAAUAAUUCUAGAGCUCAGAGUCCUCAGGUGGUCUACCAAGUAGCGAACAACCAAAAUCCAGGUUUUGGUGUUCAGAGUCAGCCCCAACCCCAGCAGCUACUGGUAGGCCAGCAAAAUGUUCAGCUGGUCCAGAGCUCUAUUCAAUCACAGGGGACUGUCCAAACUGUGCCCAUUUCCAAUUUGCAGAUUUUACCUGGCCAGUUGAUCUCCACUAGCAGCCCUGCAACCAUCAUCCAAGGUACUGCUGGUAACCAGGUAACCUUCACAGUUGUGCCAAAUACCAGUUUUACCACCGCUGCUGUUAGUCAGGGAAGUGGAUCGCAGAUUAUAGCGCCAGCAGGAAUCUCAGUAAGCAGCUCACAACCUGGAGUUGGCCUUCAAGUACAGACCGUUCCAACAUCUCAAGUUGGGCAAACAAGUCAGUCCCCCACACCACCGUUUAAAGGCGACAAGAUCAUCUGCCAGAAGGAGGAAGAGGCGAAAGAUGCAACUGGGCUACAUGUACAUGAACGCAAAAUUGAAAUAAUGGAGAACUCUUCCCUCCCAGAAGGGGCUGCCAAAACCAGCAAUGGGGACUCAAAGGAGAGUGAAACACCUGCAGCAAAUCUUGUUAAUGGAAAAAAAUACAUUGACUCUAGUCUACCUCCGUCUAACUCAGGGAAAAACCAGUUGGAGGCCAGUGAGUGCAUGCAGGUCACGAAUGGGCCCCUGUCCGAAGUCAAUGACAAUCCUUCCAAUGGGAUGCAGUGUACGGAGCAGGCAGAUGCACAGGAGCUAAAAAGUGACCUGAGAAAGUCCCUGGUGAACGGGAUCUGUGACUUUGAAAAAGGAGAUGGUUCUCAUUUAAGUAAAAACAUUCCAAAUCAUAAAGCUUCCAAACACAUGGGAAAUGGAGAGAUCUCUCCACCGGAACAGCAAGAGAAUUCAGACCCCACUCGGCAAGAUACUGCCAAAGCUGAUCACUCUGAAAGAAUGACAAAUGGGCCAGUAGUAACAAAUAAUGCUCUGCCUAUUGCAAAUGCACCAUUGGAGGUAUACCAAAAGGUUAGCAGUAAUAGUGCAGAGUUAUCAAAUGGGCCUGUACAUUCAAGUUUAAAAUCAGAUUUGCCUCAGCAGCAGCAUCCAUGCGUAGUAAUGUCAUUGCAGUCUACAGCCUCAGUAACGAUAACCACUGUAAAUCCAUUCACAACAGUAUCCCAGUCUGGAACUGCAGCGCCUCAGUGCGUACCAUCAUUUGAGCCUCGGCCUUCUAAUGGCUCAAAUGAAAGCCGGGGUGUAAAGAGACCAGCAGAGGAUAUGGACAGAGGUACUGUUUCAGGAAUCCCCAAUAAAGUAGGGGUGAGAAUUGUUACAAUUAGUGACCCCAACAAUGCUGGCUGCAGUGCAACAAUGGUAGCUGUGCCAGCUGGUGCUGACCCAAGCACUCUAGCUAAAGCAGCAAUAGAAAAUGCAGCCCAACAACAACAGCACCAACCUCCCUU